ACUGUGAGCCCAAGUGAACAGCAAAGGCCUGUGUGGACUCUUGUGACAAAGUGAAUCCUGGUGCAGCCAUCGAGAGCAACAUCAUUUGAAGGACAGACGUUUAGGAGGGUUUUCAGGAGCACACGACUAUCUGAGGAACAUGUGGUCACGGAUGGUGGCUUCUGUCUUGGUCCUGGUCUUCCUUAGCUCCUGCCCUGGCAUAGAACCUCUUCCAGUUGAGCCAGAUGAUGAUGUUUUUCACAUGGAGAACUAUGACCUGAAUACUGAGAUUGAAUGGGAGAACAUGGAUGUCAACGUUUUUGGAGAUGAUUAUGAUUACGAUUACCUGGAUCAAGAGGAUGGAAAGGCACCAAACACCCCCUUACCCGCUACCCAGCCCACAGCUCGACACUAUGAGGAGGCAAUAACACCGACUCCAGCUCCAGUGUCCCUGGACUUUGAGGGCCCAGGACUCUUUGGCCCUGAGACCGGCCUGGGUAUGCCUACUUGCAUAUUAUGUAUGUGCAUUGGUGGGAGUGUGUACUGUGAUGACAUGGGCCUGGAUCAGAUCCCACCCCUGCCCAAAGGCACCACCCAUUUCUAUGGCCGCUUCAACAAGCUCCGUCAUGUCAAGAACACAGACUUUUUCAAUCUUAACAAGCUCCAGUCUAUCGAUCUAACUGGGAACCAGAUCUCAGGGAUGGAUGAGGAUGUGUUUCACUCUCUGACACAACUCCAGGAGUUAUUGUUGGCCGACAACAACAUGCAGGUCUUGCCUGAGCUGCCGGUCAACUUGAAGCGCGUAGAUCUACGUAAUAACAAGCUGAUGAGUCGUGGGUUACAUUCUGAGGGUUUUAAGGACAUGAGUCACCUGGAAUUCCUCUAUCUGUCCGGCAACAACCUGGAUUAUAUUCCUAUACCACUGCCACUGAGCCUGAAAGUGUUACACCUGCAGGACAACAACAUCCAGUUGCUGCAAGAGGACACUUUCUGUAACCAACAUGAUCCCAACUUUAUCCGCCGAAACCUGGAGGACAUCCGUCUGGAUGGUAACCCCCUGAACAUCAAUCUGUUUGCCCAGGCGUAUGUCUGUCUUCCACGUCUGCCUGUAGGUAAUCACUGACAGCUGCCAGAGACCAAAACAUGUGCAGUUUUAAUGGAAAUGUCUAUUCUGUUGUGUAUGUGAGAUAAUACUGUUAAUAUGGGCAGAAUUACAUGGAAAAACAUGGAGUGACAUGGAUUUAAAUGGAAUUAAUUGAUUUUCUGGGUUUCUACAGUCUCAAAACGUUGUAGAUGGCCAAUUUAUUAGCAAUCACAUGUCUAUUUCCAUAUCCAGCAAACAAUUAAUUUAAAUGAAACAGAGACUUCUAGUUGAGUAUUACUAUUGUCUGUGUUUGCUUCAUUACAACCCAUAUUUAAGUAUUAUUUGGUUAUUCUGUGGUGUUGAUUCGGCAGCAGUGAUCAUUUUAUCGUAUCCUUUUUUUUCAUUUAAUCAUCAUAUUCAUAUCACAUUAAAAUAGUCAUCAUACUUAUGAUUUGCAUGAUUUUUAUGCGACUUAAUUAGACUUCAAAAGUAUUCAAUGCUUUUCUGGGGUUUUAUCCUAAUUAUGAAAGAUCAUUUAUAGCCACUUUCAAGUCACCACUUAUGUGAGUUGUGUGGCAUUGUGUGCACUUGUGUGCACUUGUGUGCAAUGGCUUUUGUCUGAUAAUCUUUACAUCAUGGUAUUGCUCAUAU